GUUUUGCCGGCAGCCCCCGGGCAGCGUUCAGAGCUCUUGCCCGGGCGGGCGCUCGGCGGCGGCGGCAGAGGCGGCGGAGCUUGAGCGGGGAUGUAGACGCGGCGGCACUGGCGGCAGCAGAGGCGGUGGCGGCGAAAGCAGACGCCCGAACCAAGCUAAAAAAGCGACCGAGCCUCGCGCCCCGACGCCAGCCCCGCGUCCCAGCCCUGCCCAACCCGCGCCCAGCCAUGCGCGCCGCCUGCUGAGUCCGGGCGCCGCACGCUGCGCCCUCCGCCCGCCGCGCCGCGCUCCGCUUGAGGGUGAUUAGUUGGUUUUUGUUGUUUUUUAAUUUGGGCCGUGGGGAGGGGGAGGAGGGGCAGGUGCUGUAGGCUCCCCCCCCCUCCCCGCCUCGGGCCAGCGGCGGCGGCGCGACUCGGGCUCCGGACCCGAGCACCGCGGGAGCGGAGCGCACGGCGGCGGCGGUCCUCCGAGCGGAGCGCAGCUCCCAGCCCCGCCCCUCCCCCUCGGCCUCGCCGCGGCGGCGGCAGCAGUGACGGCUUGGACGACUGGAAGAGACGAGUGAAGACACUUCCACGUGGGCAUCUGACCAUGUGUCUGCCCUGAGCAGCGAGGCCCACCAGACAUCUUUGUUGAGGACAGCAAGACCAGACAACUCCUCUGUGGCCCCUGGCACUUGGCAGGCCUCCCCGGCGGCGGGGUCUGGGCCUUGGCCCCACCAUGUCAAGCCUUGGCAGUGGCCCCCAGGACGCCAGUGGCAGCAGCACCACGACCACCACCAAUGGCAGUGGCAGCAGUAGCUCAAAGGCAGGAGCGGCUGACAAGAGCACAGCCGUGGCUGCUGCCGCACCAGCCUCGGUGGCUGAUGACGCACCACCCCCUGAGCGUCGGAACAAGAGCGGCAUCAUCAGCGAACCUCUCAACAAGAGCCUGCGCCGUUCCCGCCCGCUCUCCCACUACUCUUCCUUUGGUGGCAGUGGUGGCAGCAGCGGUGGCAGCAUGAUGGGCGGAGAGUCCACUGACAAGGCUGCUGCAGCUGCUGCCUCCCUGUUAGCCAAUGGGCAUGACCUGGCGGCAGCCAUGGCGGUGGACAAAAGCAACCCUACCUCAAAGCACAAAAGUGGUGCUGUGGCUAGCCUGCUGAGCAAGGCCGAGCGGGCCACGGAGCUGGCAGCCGAGGGACAGCUGACGCUGCAGCAGUUUGCGCAGUCCACGGAGAUGUUGAAGCGCGUGGUGCAGGAGCACCUCCCACUGAUGAGCGAGGCCGGUGCGGGCCUGCCUGACAUGGAGGCCGUGGCAGGCGCCGAAGCUCUCAAUGGCCAGUCCGACUUCCCCUACCUGGGCGCCUUCCCCAUCAACCCAGGCCUCUUCAUCAUGACCCCUGCGGGCGUGUUCCUGGCUGAGAGUGCGCUGCACAUGGCCGGCCUUGCUGAGUACCCCAUGCAGGGAGAGCUGGCCUCCGCCAUUAGCUCGGGCAAGAAGAAGCGGAAACGCUGCGGCAUGUGUGCGCCCUGCCGGCGGCGCAUCAACUGCGAGCAGUGCAGCAGUUGUAGGAACCGAAAGACUGGUCAUCAGAUUUGCAAAUUCAGAAAAUGUGAGGAACUCAAAAAGAAGCCUUCCGCUGCUCUGGAGAAGGUGAUGCUUCCGACGGGAGCCGCCUUCCGGUGGUUUCAGUGACGGCGGCUGGACCCCAAAGCUGCCCUCUCCGUGCAAUGUCACUGCUCGCGUGGUCUCCGGCAAGGGAUUCGGGCGAAGACAAACGGAUGCACCCGUCUUUAGAACCAAAAAUAUUCUCUCACAGAUUUCAUUCCUGUUUUUAUAUAUAUAUUUUUUGUUGUCGUUUUAACAUCUCCACGUCCCUAGUAUAUUAAAAAAAAAAAAAAAAGGAAAAAAUAUAACUGCUCUUUCAGAAGAACAGCAGCAGCAGCAACAACAAAAUAGAGGUAAAGACGAAUCUAUAAAGUACCGAGACUUCUGAGCAAAGAAUGGACAAUCAGUUUCCUUCCUGUGUCAAUGUCAAUGUUGUCUGUGCAGGAGAUGCAGUUUUUGUGUAGAGAAUGUAAAUUUUCUGUAACCUUUUGAAAUCUAGUUACUAAUAAGCACUACUGUAAUUUAGCACAGUUUAACUCCACCCUCAUUUAAACUUCCUUUGAUUCUUUCUGACCAUGAAAUAGUGCAUAGUUUGCCUGGAGAAUCCACUCACGUUUAUAAGGAGAAUGUUGAUGGCGCUGUGUAGAAGCCCCUUUGUACCCAUUCACACCGGCAGAGCUGUGGGCAGGGGCUUCUCGGGUGGGUGGAAACACCCCACCUCUGGGCCCACCAUGCGGAACCCACAGUCCCCGAAUGGGAUCUCCCACCCCAACAGGGAGAAUUUUGGAAAAAUGAAAGUUCUGUUCAUUUAUCCAUUGUGAUCUGGGAAGCCCAUGUCUAUUCCUGCUCCUGGCUACUUCCCUUAGAGAAAAUAAGUCCUUUUUUCUGGCCUUGCUGAUGGUGACAGAAGAAAGGCUUCUUCACGUGGCACCCCCACCGGUGGGGGUGGGUACCAGGGGGGCCCCCUGUGGCCUGGGCCCCCUGCCCUUGGCCGGCUUCCUGCUGAUGAACAUGCUGUUUGUAUUGUUUUAGGAAACCAGGCUGUUUUGUGAAUAAAACGAAUGCAUGUUUGUGUCACGAA